CCGAACCCGGCCCAGCAUGCUAGACCGCGUCCGUGUUGUGUGUGUGCUAUGGACUCAGCCCAGUAAUAUUGACAAUAGGGCGAAAAAGGGACCGAUAUUCCAUAAUAAAACACAUUUUCUGGAUUAAAAUAACAUAUAAGUGCAGUGUGUGGAUACAAAGAGAUACCCGGGGAUGUUCGUAUUUCUGCUGGAGCCUUUUCUAUCGUCGGAAAUUUGAGUGUUUGAUGGGAUUAUUGCUGUGGGUUUGGCAUUUUUUAAGGCCAAAAACAGAUUUGGUGUCUUUCUUUAUCUUUUUCUGCUGCUUCAAGAGGCCUUGAAGAAGGAAAGACGGUUAAAAACACAGAUCAGCUCUUCACAUCGAAAACAUCAAGGGCAGCAGUAGCUCUAGCAGUGAAUCAAGCAUCCAAAUCAAAAGCUGCAGGACAGCCCACAAUUCAGCAAACAUUUCAGAAACAAAUGAAAGAACAGAUAAACAAAUACUACUCUUCCAAAUAUUCGGGCUAUGUCCUCCGCAGCCACCACGCCUCCAUCAGUGGAUAAAGUAGACGGAUUUUCCCGGAAGUCUGUCCGGAAAGCCAAGCAGAAACGUUCCCAGAGUUCCUCACAGUUCCGCUCUCAGGGCAAACCAAUCGAACUCACUCCUCUUCCCCUGCUCAAAGACGUCUCUGCUCAGGAGCAGCCGGAGUUGUUCCUGAAGAAACUUCAGCAGUGUUGUGCUGUGUUUGAUUUCAUUGACACUCUGUCAGACCUGAAGAUGAAAGAAUACAAGCGCUCAACCCUCAACGAACUCGUCGAUUAUGUUACAGUCAGCCGAGGAUACCUCACAGAACAGGCCUACCCAGAGGUCGUCAAAAUGGUGUCCUAUAAUAUAUUCCGAACUCUUCCGCCCAGUGAGAGUAAUGAGUAUGACCCAGAGGAGGAUGAACCCACUCUAGAGGCUUCAUGGCCACAUUUACAACUGGUGUAUGAGUUCUUCAUUCGCUUUUUGGAGAGCCAGGAGUUUCAACCCAGCAUUGCCAAAAAGUACAUAGACCAGAAAUUUGUUUUACAGCUGCUGGAGUUGUUUGACAGCGAGGACCCACGGGAGAGAGAUUACCUGAAGACAGUCUUACACAGAAUCUACGGAAAAUUCCUGGGACUUAGAGCUUUUAUACGAAAACAGAUUAAUAAUAUUUUUCUACGUUUUGUUUAUGAAACUGAGCACUUCAAUGGAGUCGCAGAAUUGUUGGAGAUUUUGGGAAGCAUCAUCAAUGGCUUCGCUCUGCCGCUGAAGGCCGAGCACAAACAGUUUCUGGUGAAAGUUUUGAUUCCUCUUCACACCGUCAGAAGCCUCUCACUGUUCCAUGCACAGCUGGCGUAUUGUAUUGUACAGUUCCUAGAAAAAGACCCUGCAUUAACAGAACCAGUUAUCAGAGGUCUGCUGAAAAUCUGGCCUAAAACCUGUAGUCAGAAAGAGGUCAUGUUCCUAGGUGAGCUGGAGGAGAUUCUGGAUGUGAUUGAGCCCACACAGUUUGUGAAGAUCCAGGAGCCUCUCUUCAAACAGAUCUCCAAAUGUGUCUCCAGCCCUCAUUUUCAGGUGGCUGAGAGAGCUCUGUACUACUGGAAUAAUGAGUACAUCAUGAGUCUGAUUGAGGAGAACUCCAAUGUGAUUCUUCCUAUAAUGUUCACAAGUCUGUACAGGAUCUCCAAAGAACACUGGAACCCGGCCAUAGUAGCUUUAGUCUAUAAUGUUCUGAAGGCCUUCAUGGAAAUGAACAGCACUUUGUUUGAUGAACUCACGUCCACUUACAAGUCAGAUCGUCAGAGAGAGAAGAAAAAAGAGAAGGAGAGAGAGGAGCUGUGGAAGAGGUUGGAGGAUCUGGAGUUAAAGAGAAGCCUCCAGAGUGACGGAAUUAUUCCCACUUAACGACGCGCCUCUCCUGGACCGCUUUUUUUCCAGCGCCCCCACCAUGUGCUCGGGAACGUUGGCCACCUUUUUUUUUUUUCCUUUCUGUAUUUGUGCGACUUACUUUACCGUAGAUUCACCUCAUCAGUCUCAUUAUUUCAAAAGCACUGUAAAUAAGUUUAUUUUAUCUUCUUUUUUUUUCCCCCUUAAAAAUAUUAUGCCGAAAAAGAACGUGACUAGAAAAAGGAAAUUAAAAAAUUCAAAUAAGCAAAAAGAAAAAAAAAAGAAAGAAAGAAACUCGCACUGGAGGGGGAAGGAUUUUGAGCAGACAGUAGGACUGAAAUGAACGACUGCUGUAUAGAAAAUCAAACAAACAGAGAAUCUGAACCCACCGAUCUGACAUACCUCAACCAUCAUUUCUGAACAACACCAGCCCAAAUCUCUCUCUCUUUUCCAAAGACUUGCCCCGUCUUUGUCCCUUACUCCUCCGAUUUUUCUUUUCCUCUUUAUGUCUCUGAAUUGGAUCAAGAUUUGCCACCUGUGUCCUCAUUAUCUGAAAACUGACUCGACUACCCUUGACCUUUGAUUAUCCGUUAACAUCUGGACAAACGCAGCAGGUCUGGACUGUAGACGUCUUGAAGGGAUGCAGAGGACACUAUGCAGUAUCCAGCAAAGAACAGGAAGUCAUACAUACUCACCAGCUCUUGUUUUUCCCUCCUCCUCCAUUCUUUUUCUGUCCAAAUGUGCCACCCAGUACACUCAUUUGGAUACUUUAGCACCAGUCCGGUACUGGUACCAGAAAAUGGGACAGACACACAUCUGAACGGGUGUCCAGAAUUCCAGCAGCAAAACCAGAGAUGCUUGUCAUGAGAAAUCGAUUUGCAAGUGCACACACACACAUUCUGCAUUCAAGUGUGUGGGGGAGUUUCUUACAGUGUUAAGUACCUGUAUACUGUAUCUGAAUGCAGUACUUUGAUACUCUGUAUCUAGUAGAACCUUAAGCGUAUUUUUCUUUAGGAGAAUCUAGUAUAUGAUGAGGAAAGAUUGAACAUAGCCUCUUGGGAUUUUUCUUUCUUUCUUUCUUUCUUGGGUUUCACUUCUAAUUUGUGGGGGUUGUUUUAUUUUAUUUUUAAGUCUGGAAUUUUGUUUGGUUUAGUUUUUUUGACCAAGUGGAAUUUGUUCUUUCUUCCUUUUUUUACUUAUUUGCUGAUUGGGGGGAGUGAGAGGGGGAUUGUGGAGGACUGAUGCUGUGGUGAGCUUUGUCAGAAUUGAACCUGUGCUUUAGAAAGCCCCAGACAUCAAAUGAUUACAAAAGUUAAAAAGGGUCGGAUAAAUACAAAUGUUUAAUUAUUUUAAAAAAAAUAAAGAGAUAUUAAAUUAAACCUGUUUUGUGAUAAAGACGAAAUGCACAUUUGCCUUCUUUGUGGCGCGUUUGAGUGGAAGAAAGUGUAAAGGAGAGGUAUCUGUAUUGACCACCAUAGCCAUGUAAAAAUUUUAUAUAGGUAAUUAUUGCAGCUUGAAAUUGUAAAAUGGUUCCUGUUCGUAACUCGUUCCAUUUUUUUUUUUAGGGGUAAAACUGAAUCAUUUUCUUGACCUUUGGUUUUACUAAAUGUUCCAUUCUUUUAAGAUGGAUCUUUUCAAUGAAUCAGCCAAACAAACCCGUCUGAACCAGGCCACUAUGAAUACAAUUUUGUUCAGACCACACAACAGUUGUUUGUGUCAGAACACAAAGUUGUGCAGAAUCUUUGUAAUGAUUUUUCAUAAUUUCUCCUUUUUUUUCUGCAGGGUAAACACAUUGCAUAGCUUGAAUUUAGAAUGACUAGAGGGUGAAUAAAUAAGAGUAUGUUUGUUUUCAGUUUACCCUUACUUUAAAUCAGUGUGACUGACCAAUUGUUUAUAGGACCAUGUGUGGUGUGUUUGUAAACUCAGUAUUACUCUCUUUCCAGCCCUUUAUUCACCAGUACCAAAUUAUUCCACAAGAGUGCAGCAGAGCUCAACAUUAAACAUUUCUAAACCAGC